AUGUCUACAAAGGAUCUGUCGAAGAUGACGGUUGUUCAGCUCCGAGAACAAUUACGAUCCCGUGGCCUUCCAACAGAUGGUACGAAGGCUGCAUUAAUUGAACGUCUCAAAGGAAGUUAUGCUGUUGAAGAGACAAUACUAAAUUCCGAUGUCAGUGCUUCAAAGGACAGUCUAGAGGAAACAGUGCUGGAAGGUGCAAUAAAUGAAGACGACAUUUUGGGACCAGAUACUUCAAUUAAAAAGAAGGAAGGUAUAGCUCCUGCAGCGAUACCAUCACCGCCAGCAAUGAUAUCGCCAAUUGCUGGGGAGGCUAAAAGUAAUCAACAAGCUGAAGUGAACAAAAAGGCAGAAGCAAUGAAUUCAUUGGACGCCAAGCUGAAACGAGCUCAACGUUUCGGAUUACCGCUGUCAGAUGAACAAAUGAAAGAGAAACGCGCGCAACGAUUCGGCAUGCAGUUGAAUGCAGUUGCAAACGUCGACGAAAUUCUUGCGGAAAAGAAAAAAAAGAGGGCGGAGAGAUUUGGUAUUGUUAAUGAGGCUGAAAAAAUGCAGGAAAUUUUAGAUAGACGAGCUAAAAGGUUUGGAAUUGAUAAUAAAACAAAUGCAGUUAUUGCUGGCAAAGUUGAGAAAGCUUCCUUGGAGGUAUUAGAAAGGCGUGCGAAACGCUUUGGUUCAUGCUCCGAAGAAGCAGAACAAACUGAUAAAAGACGUGUAAAGCCCAACGAGGGAUACAAAUAUGUUGUUUUCGGUACACAGGAUUGGUAUUCGGCGAUACUAAUAAUGGUCGAGGAAGAAGUGGAGGUUUUGCGAAGUAUAUACGGUGAUGAACUUGUAGUCGAGAGGAAUUUUACAGAAAACGAAUCACCGAUAACAUUAAGCAUGAAAAUACGACCAUCAUUAUCGCAUUCACUAUGUGCAACGAGUGUUCAUGCCGUUAUCAAAUUGCCGGAGCAGUACCCGAAAAUAUCUCCGAAAGUUUAUUUACGACAACAGCGAGGAUUUGAUGAAAGCAGUGCGAAUAUUCUUCAGAAAAGCAUUCAAGAAUAUAUUGAAGCCAGCAUUGAUAUGCCUAUCCUUUAUGAUAUUUUUCAAAUGAUUCAGAAAUUUGUGGAAACUGAACAAAAUUUUCCAUGCACCGUUUGUCCAGUGUGCUUAGAUGGGUUUAGCGCUGAAACUAGCACUUUUUGUACAUCAAAUUGUGAUCAUUAUAUUCAUCAGAACUGUUUUAUAUGCUACGUAAAUUACACAAGAAAUGAAAUCAAGAAAGAACUCAGUGAAUGGCCAGAAGAUAUGAAGUCAAAGGUGGAUCAGGUCUUAAAAUGUCCAAUAUGUCGAACGCCGCUGAGUGAACAGGAUUUAUCAAUAGUUGGUCAGGAAUUGAUCACUUUGGAUGAAGCUAUUGCAGAUAAAGGAAAAUUUGAAUUUAACUGGGAAGAAUGGCGAGUAAAGCGUGAAGAAUUGCAGCUAGUUUUUGAGCGACAGAAGGCUAGAGGUGGUAUAAUUGAUCCAGAAGAGGAACGAAAACGUUAUCUCAUCACUGAAGAUGUUGUGUUUGAAACACAACCCGUCGUAGAAUCAUCCCAGCAGAAAAAAAAUGUCGGAGCCGUUGAAUUUGUCGAAAAUGUAUCAUCGGAAUCCUCUUGUCAGUUUUUGGAUCAUCAAAAAUACAGACAUCCUUAUUCGUUAUUUCAACUUCAAAACCGGAAUAUGAGAUUCAAGAGUGGUCCCUCCAAUGAAAGAUUUAGGAAAGAUCGAGGUGGAAGUGGUUAUAUUCCCACAUAA